UUUGUGUUUUGUUUCACAAAACCAAAUGGUUGAAGGAAGGAAAUAGAAUAUUGAAGAAAGUCGAUUCAGAGAUUUCUCCGAUUUUUCACUUGACCGCCGGCCAUCCAUCAUUUGGCUCAAUUGUUAUAAUUAUGUUUAAGUCCUUCUGGGGUUCUCAAGAGCAGCAGGAUCAACCUCGCCCACAGGAGAUCCCAACAAGCUCAUGGUAUCCACCAUCUGUCUUCAGCUCUCCAAAUUCAUCUCGUCCAGUGACACCUACUGGAAGUUCCACCAGUGGAUUCAGCAUACAUAGGCCUGCAGACCAGUCACAGUCGUCUUCUGUUUCACCUUCUGAGGCUGCAGGGAUUGUUUCUCAAUUAAAAGAUAAAAGCUUGGAUGAAUUGCGGAAGCUUUUGUCCGACAAAGAUGCAUACUAUCAGUUCUUACUUUCACUUGAACAAGUCAAAACUCAAAAUAGUGUAAAAGAUGAACUUCGAAAAGAGACCUUGCAGCUGGCUAGGGAAAAUCUGGAGAAAGAACCACGGAUAAUGGAACUAAGGAAUCAGUGCAGGAUUAUUCGAACCACCGAAUUGGCUACCGCUUUGGAGAAGCUAAGUGAGUUAGAGAUGCAAAAACACAAGGUGCUAAACUUUUAUUCGCCCGCCUCUCUGCUACAUAGGCUUGAAGAUGCAAUGAAGAAAAAUGAGGAGGAAUCAGAGAGAUUGCAUCAGCAGCUGUUGGAUAAAGAGAUUGAGAUUGGAGCUUUUGUUCAGAAACACAAGAAGCUCCGAAACACAUACCACAGGAUCGCUCUUAUUCAUCUUGCCGCAAAGACAACUUUAUCUCUUGGUCCUUGAUCGAGGUAUGUUGGAAUCGUGACCGCUGGAAAUAUUGUAAAUAUGUUUAGUAUUCGAUUGCCAAACUUUUGUACUUUUGUUGCGUUUAUGCGCAAACAAGCUCCCUAUCUUUUGUACAAUUAUAUUACCAUUGUUUGGCCAACAUUCUAUAUAUAUAGAAUUUUAUUAAGCUACUGUUAUUUUGUU